GUCCCAACCGCACGGCCCACAGCGGGGAAGGGGCACAGCACGGACCACGGUGGGGGGGAAACGGGGCACGGCACGGACCGCAUCGGGAACGGGGCACGGGACGGACCAGAAGGGGGAAGGUGCCCAGCCCGGCCCAGCCCCCCCCGAGCCCCGUCCAAGCUCCGCAGACCAGCCCGCCUCCCCCUCGGCCCGGACCAUGCUCGCCCUGGCCCUGGCCCUGGCCCUGGGGCUGCUGCUGCUGCCCCCGCCGGCCCCGGCCCCCGACCCCGCCGACCCGGCUCCAGCUCCGGCCCCGGCCCCGCAGCAGUGUGCGUUGUGUGCGGGCUCGGGCCCGGGGCCGUCCGGGGAGCGGGCACAGCUGCUGGCCCUGGCCCGGCGCACGGUCCUCAGCAAACUGCACCUGCAGCAGCGGCCGCCCCUGUCCCGGCCCGUGCCCGCUGCCGCCCUGCAGGAAGCUCUGAGGCGUCUCGGCCGCGGGGGCGGGCCGGGCGGGGCGCCGGGGGACAACCAGUGGGGUCCCGGGGCCCUGGACCCCGAGUAUGAGAUCAUCAGCUUCGCUUCCGAGCAGGGUCUGGCCGCCAGCCCCCAGCCUCGCCUGGAUUUGCAGUUCUCCCCAGGGCGGGGUCCGGCUGGUGACGAUGUGGAGAUCUUGGAGCUGACCCUCAGCCUCUUCUUGGCCCUGCCGGCCAACGGCUCGGGCACUGCCCGGCUGCAGCUGCUGAGCCCGCCUAGGCCGGGUGCCAACCGCUCCCUGGCCGCCGAGCGGCUCCUGCGGGUGGACCGCAGCGGGUGGCACAGGCUGAGUCUGGGGCCCCCCGGACGGGACGCUUGGGGAAGGGGCCUCCUGAUGAUCCAGGUGGAGGUGAUGGGCUCCUCGGUCUGGGCGGAUGGUGACCACCGGCCCUUCUUGGUGGCGCGGGCGCGGGCUGGCCGGCAGCGGCGGGCGCGGCGCCAGGCCCCGGACUGCAAGCCGGGGGCCAGGAUGUGCUGCCGACACGAGUUCUUCGUGGACUUCCGGGAACUGGGCUGGGGUGGCUGGAUUCUGCAGCCCGAGGGCUACACCAUGAACUACUGUGCCGGGCAGUGCCCGCUGCACCUGGCUGGUAGCCCGGGCAUCGCCGCCUCCUUCCACGCCGCCCUGCUCAGCCUGCUCAAGGCCAACCAGGCCCCCGCCCCCGUGGCCUCCUCCUGCUGCGUGCCCACCGCCUGGCGGCCCCUCUCCCUGCUCUACCUGGACCCCAGCGGCAGUGUGGUCAAGGCCGACGUACCCGACAUGGUGGUGGAGGCCUGUGGCUGCAGCUAACCCAGCCGGGGGUGGACCCGCACCACCCCACCCCCCCCCGAGCCCGGGCCUUUCACACAGUCCUCACUAUGACCCCUCCCCCGCCACACCCACCAGUUCUAUUCUUGGCUUCUCCCUCGGCCGUGGCCAGGGCCCUCUUCCCACAGUAGGAAGCAGACAGAUGCUCACCUGCACUUGCCCCAGUUCCUCCCAAAGUCCCCCAACCCCCUCCACUGGCUAGGACUUUCCAUGUCCAACCUCCCUUCCCAGAAGAAGGGGAAGUGGCAAGGGUCCCGGGACUCCAAUAAAUGCUAAAUUCCCCCA